CCAAAUAGUACCGUUGCGAGCUGUGAAGACAAGCGGCCUCUGAUCAUCAAUACAGUCGACAGUGAAAUCAGCAUUGAGGAUGUAAUUAAUUUCCGAUGCACGUGCAAACGUUUCCAGUAUGCAGCCAAUUAUAAAACAUUUUUAGAAAAAAAGUUCUAUCAGAGAUGGCCUUCUGGCAAGAAAUGUUAUGACAAGCAAUUUAAGAAAAUUGCGCAGAAGGAUUCUCAUCAAGAGAGCAAAAAAAAGAAUAAAGAAAUCUUGAACUUUAUGAAAAUAGGCAUAAAAAGUGUGAAAGAAUUACGGAAUUUGGUGUCUCGAAUAAUUUCUAUAAAUUAUGACAAGAAGCCCCCAAUCAACAUUUAUGACAAUAAAACUGUCGAUAAUUUAAUACUAUUUGAAGAUAUAUUUCAUUUAGAUACAUAUUUAGACAUAAAUCUGCAUAAUAUAAUUGAAAAUUCUAAAAAUGUCAUAAAAUAUCAUGUCUUCCUCGAUGAGAUGAAAAACUUUCUGAAACAAUCUCCACAAAAACCUGAUUGCGAUCUAACCGUAAGGUAUUGCAACAUGAAACUCUUUCAUUAUAUGAGGGAACGUUUGAUAGAAAAUAAAUUGCAUAGAUUUGUAAAACGACCUGACAGAGAACUGCUUUUAGAAAGAGUUGCUACUAUUGUUGCAAACUCUGUUCAACCCGAAAAUGAUAUACCUUACUCCAGUGUAGAGGCAUCGUUGGAUACUAUCACAUUUGAGGUACUGAAUUGUCUCGCAGAAAAAUAUCCCAAUCAUCCGAUAUUCUCGAUAUUUGGUGAGAAAUUUUUUAGUUGGAAAAACAACAAUAUCGACGAUAAUCAUUGGAACGAAGAGGAAAGUGCGAAAAUUAUGAGUACACUCGACGAAUAUAUAUUUGGUAAAUUGAACUUUCGGUCGAGCAAUUCGAGAGACACAAAUCUGAAGUAUAUGUGUAUAGAUUAUGUUUUGAAAAACAAAUGUGGCCAUCAAAUAAUUUUAUUAAUAAUAUAUCAUAGCGUGGCUAGAAGACUUGGUUUGCGUUACGAUGUAAUAAGUCUUCAAACUCGAUCCCUCGCCACACCAAUCUAUUGUAUAUUUUGGAAACCAAAACUUGCUGUGAACAGUUCAGAAAGAAUAAAAUGUUUUAACAUAAAUUCUAAAGAAUUCCCUGAGUGUUUUGAUGAUCAACGGAUGCAAUUUUGGCGAAUGCAUUAUGAUGGUGGUAAUAUCUUAGAAAUAACAGCUGCAAAGCUUUGGCAAGAGAUGAAAGAAAUAAUUGUGGAUUUGGUAAACCGAGAUUAUCUUGUCGACAUUCAAAUUUCACGUGAAUCUAGACUCUUUGGCUUGAUAAGUCGUAAGAUCAGACUUUACUUUAAAAAAACAGAUCCGUUAAGAAGAUCAGAGGAAGUUAAAUUUGCAGUAGGAAUGGUCGUAACACAUAAUGCUCAAUCCGUAAAUAAUUGUGCCGGUGUGAUAAUCGGAUGGCACCGACCUACAGAUACACAUAUUACAUUCAGUAUGUCGGGUCCUUAUGUGCUACAUUCAUCGUACAUUUGUAAGCAAUGCAUAGUGCCGUUGAAUCACUUAAGUAAUUUACAUUUUGUGAAGCAACAAACAAAUUACGUAAUUCUUACUGAAGACGAUAAAAUAUGUUACGUAGAAGAAGACGCUCUAACAUUAACACCGAAAUGGAUCGACAAUAGCGAAGUAGGUCGCUAUUUUUGUAAGUUCAAAAACACGUAUUACGUACCAAAUGAACGGUUGAGGAGACUUUACCCGCAAGACGCAACUGUAGCUGCUCGAACAACAAUAAACAUUUGAAAAUUUAUACUUACAUUAUUAAAAUUUUAAUCCAAAUACAAAUUUUUUUUAAAUUAUUGCAACUAGGUGCAUGCCCUCGCACCGGAUGCAAGAUUCAGAGGGAAACACAGUCAAGACGAAAUAAAAAAUUUGAAAAGGAUGAAAAAAUUAUUAAAAAAAUAUAUUUUUUUAUAACAAAUAAACGUUCUUUUUAAUUCAGAAGUUCAAUUUUUUUUAUUAUAUUGGAAGAGGGAGAAAGGACGCAAAAUGUUGAACUGCAUCGGGUGCGCAGACUAGUUAUGGCACUAAUUAUAAUACUAAAUAUUUCAUUAUUAACUGAUGAUAUAUUUAUAUAUAUAAUACUUUCCAUUUUUCACGUUAUAACGUUUUUAGGAGACACAAAUAAUUAUAAUAUGAUAAUUGUGAAGUGCAAUGACGAAUAUCCCAGCAAACACAAAGUAACAAUAACAUAUAACAUUAAUGUUAUAAUUUCCUAUUCAAUAAUAUAACCGCAAUUAACAUGAUUUGAAUAUGUAACAGCAGUAACAGUUAUAUAUUAUUGAGUGGGAAAUUACACAUUAAUAUUAUGUUAUUGUAUAAUGUAAUACUUUGUGUUUGCUGGAAAGUCAUGUGUGAACAGAAUGACGUAUAUUUUUUAUGUUUACAUGCAGAUUAUGCCGAAUUAAUGUUUCUUGAUCAUUAUUGCAUUCUUUUAUCUCUUUUCACUUUUUAUUUUUUCGAUGAAAUUUAAAGAAGAUAAAUUUUAAAUUGAUAUUAAAAAAAAAUAUUGUGAAAAAGACAUUUAUCAUUAAGUUUUGACUCUGUCGAUGAUUAUCGUAAUUUUUAUUUACGACAAAUCUUUAAUCAUAGAAACAAAU